CGCUUUGAUAUUGUCUGUCUCUUCAGGGAUGAUUCUGUCCCAGAGGAUAAUAUCUGGAGGGGCAUCCUCUCUGUGAUUUUCUUCUUUCUAAUCAUCAGUGUUCUAGCUUUUCCGAAUGGACCUUUUACACGCCCUCACCCUGCAUUAUGGAGAAUGGUUUUUGGUCUCAGUGUGCUCUAUUUUCUAUUCCUGGUGUUCGUGCUCUUCCUUAACUUUGAGCAGGUAAAAGCGGUAAUGUACUGGCUGGACCCUAAUCUCCGAUAUGCCACAAGGGAAGCAGAUAUUAUGGAGUAUGCUGUAAACUGCCAUGUUAUCACCUGGGAGAGAAUUCUCAGCCACUUUGAUAUAUUUGCUUUUGGGCAUUUCUGGGGCUGGGCCAUGAAGGCUCUGCUGAUCCGCAGCUAUGGGUUAUGCUGGACUAUUAGCAUCACCUGGGAGCUCACUGAGCUCUUCUUCAUGCAUCUUCUGCCUAAUUUUGCUGAAUGCUGGUGGGAUCAAGUCAUUUUGGACAUCCUGCUUUGUAACGGGGGUGGCAUCUGGUUGGGCAUGGUAGUUUGUCGUUUCUUGGAGAUGAGGACCUAUCACUGGGCAAGCUUCAAGGACAUUCACACAACCACAGGGAAAAUCAAAAGAGCUGUAUUACAGUUCACCCCAGCAAGCUGGACCUAUGUUCGCUGGUUUGACCCAAAGUCUUCAUUUCAAAGAGUGGCUGGAAUCUACCUUUUCAUGAUCAUCUGGCAGCUGACUGAGUUGAACACGUUCUUUUUGAAACAUAUCUUUGUGUUUCAAGCAAGCCACCCUUUAAGCUGGGGGAGAAUUCUCUUCAUAGGAAUUAUCACAGCACCCACUGUAAGGCAAUACUAUGCCUACCUCACAGAUACGCAGUGCAAGAGGGUGGGAACUCAGUGCUGGGUGUUUGGGGUUAUUGCUUUUCUUGAAGCUAUUGUGUGCAUAAAGUUUGGACAAGAUCUUUUUUCCAAAACACAAAUACUGUAUGUUGUGUUUUGGCUUCUUUGUGUGGCCUUUACAACUUUCCUGUGUUUAUAUGGUAUGGUUUGGUACGCGGAAUACUACGGCCACCGAGAGAAGACCUUGUCAGAAAGUGAAGACAGCCCAUACAGUCCAGAUGCUUCCUGGCUUCAUUCUAAAUUCAGUAGAGGCACUGACAACAGUCCGCCAAAACAUUCAGUCAAUAAUGAAAGCCAUUCAUCUAGAAGGAGGAAUCGUCACUCCAAAUCAAAAGUAACCAAUGGAAUUGGCAAGAAAUAAGAAGAGUCUCGAAGACGUCCUGCAGUGUGACUAGAGAUGGCAGAGGAAAUUGGACCUGACUCUGACUUUCUGAGUGGGAGAUUGAUUUUAAAUUUAAAAUUUAGAAGAGGAGCUGUUGAGGAAAGCGGCCAGCUUUUCAGCAACCAACAGGGCCUAGUAUCUUUCAAGAUGGAGCCACUAGUGUAUUGCAAAUCAUUGCCUGCUGUCACUUGCCAUUCACUGAAUUAAAUCUAAUUUCUUCAGCAUGUGGCACCAAAAGCUAAUGAAGAGUGUGCUGGAAAGAAAAAUAGUUUUGUUGUAGCAGGUGCACACUGUUUUAUCUUCAGGUGUUACAAGUGAGUUUUUAUUAUCUUAGUUGAGGACAUAAACACAAAGGUUAGUAAACUGAUAAGCAGUUGGCAUGGUUGGUUGGAUUUUAUUAUUUUACUGUGUUUUUGUUUAGUUGUUGUCUAGAAAAGUACGCAGUCUUUUGACGAAAAGCACCUCUGCCCUUCUUUCACAGUCUGACAACUAAACUUUUCCAUUCAGCAGUUAGUGAGUAUACGAAAAUUCCAUACUUGUAUCCAGCUACUUACUUUUAUUUAAAGGCUCUUUCAACCUGGUGACAGGGUUUUACCAGCUAAGAAAUGGGUCCAUGUUUCUUGCAAAGGACGUGAAUUGACUUUCAAAUAUGGCUCUUUUGUUCUGUAUUUUCCUUCUGCUUGAUUGUUACAUGUUCUAUUUCUUUAAGCUUUUUAAAAAUAUCUAUAUGAAAACCUGUUGGAAAGUAAAGAGGGCUGUGCCUCCUGCCCUCAGGGACAGAUGUCACGUCAUUUAGUUAAUUUUUCUUUUUUACGGAGAUGUGUGUUGCAUCUUGAAGUGCAAGUUAGCAGAUGUGUCAUUCUUUCAGCUGUACUGCAUUUUGUACAGAGUUCCUCUCCACUCUCCUUUGAUUUGCCUCUACCUCAGCUGGAACGAAGAAAUCCCGACUCCUUUGAUUUUUAGAAACUGCUUUGAAGGCUCUGAUACCCUACCAAGCCUGAUGAGGAGCAGUUUUUCACUGAAGUUAAGUUGCUUACUACUCCUAUAAACAAAUCUCUGAAGACACUGCUGUAGUGUUCGGUGUCUAAGGGAUAGCAUGAUACUACUGUGAUAUACCACGUUGUUUUGAUAUUUCCUAACAUGCAAUCAGAUAACCAGCAGCAAAGUGACUCCCUUGUAUAGAUUUUUCUGGAAACAUACUAAUUCUGACCUCUAGCAAAGAGGAUGAUUUUCCAGCAGUGAGCAAAGUGGUUAAGUCAGAGGUCAAUUGCAAGACCUGAUUGCAAGAGCAAUCAGUUUGUGUAUUAUGUUAGCAAAACACUUUUGUGCCAACUAGAUUUUUGGGAUUCAUGGGGUUUGGAGAGGUGGAUAGGUUAAGCAAGGAUAAAUAAUAUCCAGUAGUCACUAGUUUUCAUAAUAAACCAGGAUUUCCUUUUUCUAUGAAUAAUGUUAACGGUAAUUUGCCAUAGAGUAUGUACUAAAAAAUAAUGCAGCAGAGAAUUUAUACAAGUGUAUGAUACUGUAAAUAGAAAAAUGUAGCCCAUGUAACCCAUAAAAUUCAUAUGUGCCACAGAUUAUCAACAUUUUCAAUGCACUUACAGUGUUGCUGCUGAACUCCUCAGAGGCCCUGUGUUUCCCAUCACCCCUUUCAAUCAAACACAGUGUGUACAAUUUCAGAACUAACUUUUAAUGGAAGCUGCUAUUGUCAUUGUUGCUACAGUGACAUUAAAUGUUACAUAAGAAAUAUGAUAGGAACAUUUUCAGACUUUCCUGCAAAUAUUCUGCUUUCAUUCAUAUUGGCAAUUCAUUUAUAUUGUCUUUGUCUGUGGUGCGCUAUGUAUUGAUGAAUGUAUUUGUAGCUUUCUUUGAAUAUUCAGACUUGUUAAUUUUUUAUUGUCUUGGUUAAUACCUCAGUCUAUGUAAGACUGAAGAUCGGCAUUGUAAAUUUUCUAUUGAUUCAAUACCAAAGCAAGAGGUUGGAAGUUUAAUGGUUUAGAUAUUUUAAGUACUGUUGUUUUUAAAGGUGAGAGCCUGUUUUGUACUGCAAAGUGUAUAUGCACCAAUUGUGUAUGCAAAGCUUACCUGUGCAAGCAGGUGCUGAAGUGCAAUGUCUCCUUGCCUGUGUAUGGUGGGAACAAACACACAUUUUGUAAAUGCAGAACUAGCGCUCGCGCUACUGAGUUGCACCCUCAAAAUAUUAAAAAGGCAAAUAUGAAUGUCAUCUUGUUGGAAGUUGACUUCUGUAUGCUAUUACAACAGCACAGGCCUUGAAGAAAUGUUGUUUGACAGCACAUUUUAAAUAUUUCCCAUGAUGCUUUUUUACUUUAAUUUUUUUUUCCUUUUUUUUUUUUUUACUCCUUUCAAAGGAGAGAGGGCUAGGGAGGGGGGGGCAACUAAGUAAAUGUGUCAAGUGCGCUUUGGAAAAUGGCACUUCCUGUCCUUUCUCAGCAGUUCUGGCUGGAAUUCACGUGUGUUCUCGCAAGUCCUCUGCUGACUGACAACUGCAUUUUCUGCCCCAUCUUCUUUGGAAGUGAACUUUGCGCAGGCGGUCGUGAGAAAGGUGCUUUUGAUCACUGCUGUAAAUCUGAAGUGAUCCCAAUUUUAUCAUUUACUGCACUAUUGCUGAACUUUGUAUGUGUGUAACACCUAAAAUGACAAAUCACUGUGCUGUUUAGUAACUAGCAUCCAUGUAUGAAUUCUGCUGCUUGAACAGUAUUUUGUAAUAGUCACGGAUGCACUGUCCUCUUUCUAACUACUUGUUCUAUCGCAUUCUCUCCUUCUUACUUUCCUGCUUCUAAUGUUCUUUUCUCUGUCCUCUAGUGAUCGCCCCCUCUGCUGUUGAGAGGUCUGAAUUUGCCCUCCAGAGGCUGUCCAUGAGUAAUGUCAGUCAUUGAAGGGAGGCUAAUUCAAGGCAGCAUGGCAUAAACAGAGGAUAGUGACAAGAACUUUUUAAGUAGUGGAUGAAGUAGAAAUGGAGAGUUUUAAGAUGCAGAUAUGAAGAGCUAGCCAUGAAUACUGGAUUCCAGUAUUAAAGUUGCUAUAUAGAUCA